GCCAGCCGUCUGCUGCUCGCUCGCAGGCUGGAGGAGGAGAAGGAGCCAGGCAGGAGUGCAAGGACGAGCCCCAUGAAAGUUUUUUGCCUUGGGCUUGCAGCGUGAAGAGCCACAAGCCCGCUUCUCUCCCUAGUGCCGUUUUUCCCUCUCCAGCCUUUGAAGAUGCCCGGCAGCCUGCUGCUGUUGCUGGUUGCCUUGUGCCUGGGGACAGGGGUGCAAAGCUCGCAACCCAAGACGGGCAAAACCAGGAGGCAAAGCCAACAAAUAGUCCAGCCGCAGGUCCCAAGCAGCCAGAAUAAACAGGGCUGUUAUGAUAAUGGGAGAUAUUAUCAGAUAAACCAACAAUGGGAACGCAUAUACCUGGGAAACAUGCUCAUCUGUACCUGCUAUGGGGGAAGCAGAGGCUUUAACUGCGAAAGCAAGCCUGAACCUGAAGAAACUUGCUUUGACAAAUACACUGGAUCUACCUAUCGGGUAGGGGAGACUUAUGAGCGCCCCAAAGACUCCAUGAUCUGGGAUUGUACCUGCGUCGGGGCUGGACGUGGGCGAAUUAGCUGCACCAUUGCAAAUCGGUGCCAUGAAGGGGGUCAGUCCUAUAAGAUUGGCGAUACCUGGCGUAGACCACACGAGACAGGUGGCUACAUGUUAGAAUGUGUGUGUCUGGGCAACGGGAAAGGGGAAUGGACCUGCAAACCUCUAGCUGAGAGAUGCUAUGAUAACACUGCUGGGACAUCCUAUGUUGUUGGAGAGACCUGGGAGAAGCCCUACCAAGGCUGGAUGAUGGUGGAUUGCACUUGCUUAGGCGAAGGCAAUGGACAUAUCACCUGUACCUCCAGGAAUAGGUGCAAUGAUCAGGAUACCAAGACUUCAUACAGAAUUGGAGAUACCUGGAGCAAGAAGGAUAACCGAGGAAACCUGCUUCAGUGCAUCUGCACUGGUAACGGCAGAGGCGAGUGGAAAUGUGAAAGGCAUUCAUCUGUGCAAACUCCUGGCAUUGGAUCUGGAUCCUCAACCUUCACAGAUGUACGAACUGCACUUUACCAGCCUCAGCCCCAGCCUCAGCCUCAGCCAUACGGUCACUGCGUUACUGAUAGUGGGGUGGUGUACUCUGUUGGGAUGCAGUGGCUCAAGACGCAGGGCAGCCAACAGAUGCUUUGUACUUGCCUGGGCAAUGGUGUCAGCUGCCAGGAGACAGCUGUGACCCAAACCUAUGGUGGCAAUUCUAAUGGGGAGCCAUGUGUUCUGCCAUUCACCUAUGGUGGGAGGACUUUCUAUUCUUGCACCACGGAAGGUCGUUCGGAUGGACACUUCUGGUGCAGCACAACCUCCAACUUCGAACAGGACAACAGAUACUCCUUUUGUACUGAACAAAAUGUUCUGGUCCAAACCCGGGGUGGCAACUCCAAUGGUGCCUUGUGCCACUUCCCCUUCCUGUAUAACAACCGCAAUUACACUGAUUGUACUUCUGAGGGACGGAAAGACAACAUGAAGUGGUGCGGAACCACCCAGAACUACGAUGCUGAACAGAAGUUUGGCUUCUGCCCUAUGGCUGCCCAUGAGGAAAUCUGCACAACCAAUGAAGGUGUCAUGUACCGUGUUGGAGACCAGUGGGACAAACAGCACGACAUGGGCCAUAUGAUGAGAUGCACUUGUGCCGGAAAUGGCCGAGGCGAAUGGACCUGCAUUGCAUACUCCCAGCUUAGAGACCAGUGUAUCGUUGAUGACAUCACCUAUGAUGUUAACCAGACAUUCCACAAGCGUCAUGAAGAAGGACACAUGCUGAACUGCACAUGCUUUGGCCAGGGUCGUGGGAGAUGGAAAUGUGAUCCUGUCGACCAGUGCCAGGAUUCGGAAUCCCGGACCUUUUAUCAAAUUGGGGAUUCGUGGGAGAAGUAUGUUCAUGGUGUUAGAUACCAGUGCUAUUGCUACGGCCGGGGUAUUGGAGAGUGGCAUUGUCAACCUCUGCAGACCUAUCCAGAAAAACCAGAGAGUGCCGUGGAAAGAAGCCACCAUCCCAGGUCACUUGAACUCCCACACGAUCUCUGGCCUGAAACCUGGGGUGUUGUAUGAAGGGCAGCUCAUCAGCGUGCAGCAGUAUGGACAUAGAGAGGUCACCCGCUUUGAUUUUACCACCACUAGUACUACACCUAUUUCUAGUAACACCCUUUCAGGAGAGACAACUCCCCUUUCUCCUGUGGUUGCUACCUCUGAAUCGGUCACAGAAAUUACAGCAAGUAGUUUUGUAGUCUCCUGGGUUUCCGCCUCUGACACUGUCUCAGGAUUCCGCGUUGAGUACGAACUUAGCGAGGAGGGGGAUGAGCCACAGUAUCUUGAUCUCCCGAGCACAGCCACCUCCGUUAACAUCCCAGACUUGCUACCUGGACGUAAGUACAUCGUCAACGUCUAUCAGAUCUCAGAAGAAGGAGAACAGAAUCUGAUCCUGUCUACUUCCCAGACAACAGCACCUGAUGCACCUCCCAAACAUAACGUGGAUAAAGUUGAUGACACUUCAAUUGUCGUUAGCUGGAGCAGACCACAAGCUCCCAUCACAGGCUACCGAAUUGUCUAUACCCCAUCAGUGGAAGGUAGCAGCACAGAGCUCAACUUGCCUGACACAGCUACCUCUGUGACUCUCAGUGACUUAAUGCCUGGGGUUCAGUAUAACAUCACCAUCUAUGCAGUGGAAGAAAAUCAAGAGAGUACUCCCGUCUUUAUCCAGCAGGAAACCACGGGCAUCCCAUCCAAAGAUGAUGUUCCUUCACCCACGGACCUACAGUUUGUGGAAGUCACCGAUGUCAAAAUCACCAUCAUAUGGACCCCCCCAUCGAGCACAGUGUCUGGCUAUCGGGUGGAAGUCAUCCCAGUUAACCGCCCUGGUGUACAUGGACAGAAACUGCCUUCUACCAGGAAUUACUUUGCUGAGGUUACUGACCUUUUACCUGGAACGACCUAUAUCUUCAAGGUCUUUGCAGUGCUCCAGGGCCGAGAGAGCAAGCCAUUGACCGGAGAGCAAACGACUAAACUUGAUGCUCCCACCAACCUAAGGUUUGACAACAUUACUGAGUCUGCAGUGCUCGUGGCCUGGACUCCACCACGUGCUCCGAUCACAGGAUACCAACUGACUGCAGGUCCCACAAGAGGAGGCCAACAAAAGGAGUACACCGUGGGGCCAUCUGCCACCAAAUACGCACUGAGGAACCUGCAGCCUGGGUCCGAGUACACUGUCUACCUUGUGGCGGUGAAAGGCAACCAGCAAAGCAGCAGAGAAACUUCGGUCUUCACUACUUUGCAGCCCAUGGGUUCCAUCCCUCCCUAUAACACAGAAGUGACAGAAACUUCUAUUGUUGUUACCUGGACACCUGCGCCAAGGAUUGGUUUCAAGCUAGGUGUGCGACCAAGUCAAGGUGGAGAAGCCCCACGGGAGGUGAUUUCUGAAUCUGGUAGCAUUGUUAUCUCUGGCCUGACUCCUGGAGUGGAGUAUGUCUACAGCAUUUCAGUCCUGACGGACGGUCAGGACAGAGACACACCGAUCAUCAAAAGAAUAACUACACCAUUAUCCCCACCGACUAACCUGCAUCUGGAGCCUAACCCUGACACUGGAAUCUUGACGGUCUCCUGGGAUAGAAGCACAAGUCCAGGCAUCACUGGGUACAGAGUUACCACUGUUCCUACCAGUGGGCAGCAGGGUUACACCCUGGAGGAAGUGGUCAGUGCAGAGCAGAAUUCCUGCAUCUUUGAAAAUCUGAGCCCUGGCCUGGAGUACAACGUCAGUGUUUAUUCUGUCAAGGACAACAAGGAAAGCGUCCCCAUCUCCAAAACCAUCACACAAGAGGUGCCCCAGCUCACUGACCUAAGCUUUGUUGACAUAACUGAUACAAGCAUCGGCCUGAGGUGGACUCCGCUAAAUGCCUCCACCAUUAUUGGUUACCGCAUCACGGUAGUUGCGGCAGGAGAAAGUGUCCCUAUUUUUGAAGAUUUUGUGGACUCCUCAGUAAGAUACUACACAGUCACAGGCCUGGAGCCGGGCAUUGAUUACGACAUCAGCGUAAUCACACUCAUUAAUGGCGGAGAGAGCGCCCCUACCACUCUGACACAGCAAACGGCUGUUCCUGCUCCAACUGAUCUGCGCUUCACCAACGUGGGGCCAGAUGCUAUGCGUGUGACCUGGACUCCUCCAGUAUCCAUUGAACUAACCAGUUUCCUGGUGCGUUACUCACCUGUGAAGAAAGAGGAAGAUGUUGCUGAGAUGACCAUUUCACCCUCCAACAACAUGGUGGUUUUAACAAGUCUCCUGCCUGGCACUGAAUAUCUGGUGAGCGUCUACAGCGUCUAUGAGCAGCAUGAGAGCACCCCUCUGACUGGCGUACAGAAAACAGGUCUUGAUUCUCCCACCAGCAUUGACUUUUCGGAUAGAACUGCCAACUCUUUCACUGUGCACUGGGUUGCUCCUCGUGCCACUAUCACCGGCUACAAAAUUCGCCACCAUCUGGAACACAGUGGCACCAGGCCCAGGGAAGACCGUGUCCCACCUUCUCGGAAUUCCAUCACCCUCACUAACCUGGCUCCGGGGUCAGAGUACGUGGUCAGCAUUAUUGCUGUCAACGGCAGAGAGGAGAGCUUGCCCUUGGUUGGCCAGCAAACUACAGUUUCCGACGUUCCAAGGGACCUGGACGUUACUGCCACUAGUCCCACCAGCCUGGUGAUUUCCUGGGAUGCUCCCGCAGUUACUGUUAGAUACUAUAGGAUAACCUAUGGUGAAACAGGUGGCAGUAGCCCUGUCCAGGAGUUUACCGUGCCUGGCACCGUGUCCACUGCCACCAUCAACGACCUGAAGCCCGCAGCAGACUAUACCAUCACUGUGUACGCAGUGACAGGCCGUGGAGACAGCCCCGCCAGCAGCAAGCCAGUCACGGUCACGUACAAAACAGAGAUUGACACGCCAUCCCAGAUGCAAGUGACCGAUGUUCAGGAUAGCAGCAUCAGUGUCAGAUGGCUGCCUUCAACUUCUCCGGUCACGGGUUACCGAGUGACAAGCGUCCCCAAGGAUGGCCAUGGGCCCAUGAAAACGAAAACUGUCCCUGCGGAUCAAACCCAAACUACCAUCGAGGGCCUGCAGCCCACAGUCGAGUAUGUGGUUAGUGUCUAUGCUCAGAAUCAAAAUGGAGAGAGCCUCCCUCUGGUUGAGACCGCCGUUACCAACAUUGACCGCCCUAAAGGACUGACAUUCACUGAGGUGGAUGUCGAUUCCAUCAAAAUUGCUUGGGAAAGCCCCCAGGGGCAAGUCACCAGCUAUAGGGUGACCUACUCAAGCCCUGAGGAUGGAAUCCAUGAGCUAGUGCCCGCCCCCGACGGUGAAGACGACACUGCCGAGCUGCAUGGCCUCAGGCCCGGUUCUGAGUACACUGUCAGCAUCGUUGCCUUGCACAAUGACCUGGAGAGCCAGCCCCUGAUCGGGACCCAGUCCACAGCAAUUCCUCCUCCAACGAACCUGCAGUUUGUUCAGGUAACUCCAACCAGCCUGAAAGUCAACUGGAACGCGCCCAACGUUCGUCUCACUGGCUACAGAGUGCGAGUGAAUCCCAAGGAAAAGACGGGGCCGAUGAAAGAAAUCAACCUCGCCCCAGACAGCACAUUUGCUGCCGUGUCGGGAUUAAUGGUGGCAACCAAAUAUGAAGUCAGUGUGUAUGCUCUGAAGGACUCUCUGACUAGCCAGCCAGCCCAUGGUGUGGUCACCACCCUCGAGAAUAUCAGCCCUCCCCGCAGAGCCCGUGUGACAGAUGUUACCGAGACAACCGUCACAAUCACCUGGCGCACCAAGACAGAAACUAUCACCGGUUUCCAGGUUGAAGCCAUCUCAGCAGAUAGCCAGAGCCCCAUUCAACGGACCAUUAGCCCUGAUGUUAGAUCCUACACCAUCACCGGCUUGCAACCAGGCACGGACUAUAAGAUCUACCUUUACACCGUGAACGAGAAUGCCCGCAGUUCCCCUGUAGUGAUUGAUGCGUCCACCGCCAUCGAUGCUCCUUCCAAUCUGCGCUUCCUCACAACCACAAGCAACUCCCUGCUGAUUACUUGGCAGCCGCCCCGUGCCCGGGUCACGGGCUACAUCCUCAGAUAUGAGAGACCUGGCACACAGCCCAAGGAGCUGAUCCCUCGCCCCCAUGCCGGCACCAUGGAGGCCACUCUUACCGGUCUGGAGCCAGGAACCGAAUACACCAUCUACAUCAUUGCUGUGAAGAACAAUCAGAGGAGUGAGCCAUUGGUUGGCAGGAAAAAGACAGAUGAGCUCCCACAGCUGGUAACCCUGCCGCACCCCAACCAAGGCGGACCGGAAAUUCUGGACGUACCUUCCACUGUGGAGAGGACUGGAAAUGGUAUCCAACUUCCAGGCACCAGUGGCCAGCAAACACUAGUGAACCAGGGACAGCAAGUCUUCUUUGAGGAACAUGGUUUUAGAAGGACCACCGCUCCCACCACAGCAACUCCCAUUAGGCACCGGCCGAGGCUGCAGACACCAGAUGUGGACGAAGAAAUCAACCUUAGUAACAGGUACCCAGUCCCGAGAGGGGACUCGGUUGAGCAAUCAUUCCCUCACUUACCAGGGUCCAGACGCAAUGACACCACAGGCCAGGAAGCUCUUUCUCAGACAACCAUCUCUUGGAGGCCCCUGCUGGAGAGCUCUGAAUACGUUAUCUCUUGCCAACCAGUCGGCACUGACGAACAGCCUUUACAGUUCAGAGUUCCUGGAACUUCCUCUUCUGCUACCCUGACCGGCCUUACUAGAGGUGCCACCUACAACAUCAUCGUGGAGGCACUGAAAGAUCGUAGGAGACACAAAGUUCUGGAGGAGGUUGUCACAGUGGGCAAUGCUGUGUCUGAAGGAGUGAACCAGCCAACUGACGACACAUGUUAUGAUACUUACACUGGCUCCUUCUACUCCAUUGGAGAGGAAUGGGAGCGAUUGUCUGAAACGGGCUUUAAACUCUGGUGCCAGUGCUUAGGCUUUGGCAGUGGUCAUUUCAGAUGCGAUUCAUCUAAAUGGUGCCAUGACAAUGGGGUGAACUACAAGAUCGGGGAGAAGUGGGACCGCCAGGGCGAGGGCGGCCAGAUGAUGAGCUGCACAUGUCUUGGCAACGGAAAGGGAGAAUUCAAGUGUGACCCGCACGAGGCAACAUGCUAUGAUGAUGGUAAGAUGUACCACGUAGGAGAACAGUGGCAGAAAGAGUACCUUGGUGCCAUCUGCUCCUGUACUUGUUACGGAGGACAGCAGGGCUGGCGCUGUGACAACUGUCGCAGACCUGGUGUUGAGACGGCCCCCGAAGGCGCUGCUGGCCACUCCUACACACAGUUUUCACAGAGAUACCACCAGAGCACAAAUACUAAUGUCAAUUGCCCAAUUGAGUGCUUCAUGCCCUUAGAUGUACAGGCAGACACACAACAUCGACCAGGAAAGUAACAUCCAGCAAGUCUUACACCAUCAACAACAAAAAUCUAUCCACCAAGAUGACCAUCCAAACGAGUGAUGCUAGCAAAACCAGAUCUUUAAGAAUGGCCUUCUGCUCCGGAGUCACUUUCCCAGCUUAAGCUCAACUCACAGCUUCUCCAAGCAUCAUUCUUGGCGCGUUUCAGACUUUUCUCAUGAUUGAUAGCAGUGUGUAUUGUUUUGUUUUUCUCAGUGUUUGAUACCGUUCAGUAUUUUCAAAUGAAAAAAAGAUACUAAAUUGUGAAUUGGUUGGGGAUCAAAAUAAUACCGGGGCAGGAGGAGUAAAUGGGAUGGAAGGCUCCCUUGCCAUGCAAACAAAAACGACACUACUAACGUUUAGAGGAAGGAAAGUCCACUGAACUCUUAUGCUUUCACCUGAGCGUGCAGCCAGCAAUAACCUAAGUGACUGCAUACCCCAUCACUGUGAUAUUUAAAAUAUGCACAGUCCUAAUUCUUUCUAAAUGAUCCUAUUAUUUUUCUAGCUGUAUCUUUGUAUCUCAUACUGUUAUUUAUCAGUUUUGUUCCCCAUCCCUCAAGUGUUUUUAUAUGGGAAAAAAUGUAUUGAAGAAACUUAGUAUGCAGUUGAUAAAGAGGAAUUUGGUGUAAUUAUGAUCGGUGAUUAUUUUUUAUACUGUAAGUGCCAAAGCUUUACUACUGUGGAAAGACAACUCUUGUAAUAAAAAGAUUUACAAACCAAA